UCAACUAUUUAAGCAUGGCAACCGAAGCCAGCAGACCUGACAAUGCUGAACAACAGGAACCCCCGAAAGGAGGUGUGUUGUGGGAAUCACUGAGGUCUCUUUUGUUCAUCUUAGGGACAGCAAUUCUAACAACUAUUGCUGUCAAAAACUCUGUUCAUCCCUACAUAGACAAAAUAUGGGGAGCUUCGGAUGACUUUUGGGGUUCUCUCUGGAACUCCUUGUACGAACUGUGUGGGAGAAACAAUUUUAUUGCCCAUGUCAUUGGUUCUCCGUUAAAUGGUAUUAUCUGGUUUACUGUAUUCAACGCCUUCUUCUUGAUCUGUGACAUCACUGGACACCCAGCUUGGUUGCUGAAGUACAAAGUUCAGGAUGCUAAGAAUCAACCCGUCGAUAAGAAGAAACUGUGGAGUUGUAUCAGAACUGCUGCUUUCAAUCUUGGAGUUGUCAGUCCAGUGUGUUCUUUGGUCGUCUACCUGGCAACUUCGUACAGUGGAUGGUACGAUGAUUGUUAUGGGGAACUCCCUUCUUUCGAACGGAUUCUGGUGGAGUUCUUGGUAUUCAACAUCAUUGAGGAAAUCUUCUUCUACUAUAGUCAUAGGGCGAUGCACCACCCCAAGUUGUAUGCUAGAUUCCACAAGAAGCACCACGAAUGGACAGCUCCGAUUGGUAUAACCUCAGUGUACUGCUCACCACUGGAGAUGGUUGUGUCUAACUUGCUCCCUGCUACUCUCGGUCCCCUCAUCAUGAGAUCUCAUCUGUUUGUGUCUUGGGUUUGGUUUGCAUUGGUACUGUUCUCUACAACAUUGGCUCACGGUGGAUACCACGUCCCCUUCCUCUUCUCUCCUGAAGCUCAUGACUACCACCACAAAGUGUUCAACUGUAUGUUCGGAACACUGGGAAUCCUGGAUAAGCUCCACAAGACAGACAAGCCCUUCGCUGGUAGUAUCCACGAGAAACGUCACUACAUCUCCUACAGCCUCACUCCAAUCAAGCAAAUACUCCCCGAACCUGUGAAACGUGUUCAACAAUGUGGAAAAGCUGAAUAAACAUCUGGAAUGCGGAGUGAAACUAAAAAUUACAGAAUUGAACAUUUGGAAUUACUAGAUUUCUGUUCUGUUAGAAGUGUUGCUUGUACAUGAUCUUUGUUCGUUAUCUGUGUUGUGACCCUCCUGGUAAUAUUGACUGAUCUCUUGAUGACUCAUAUUUAAACCAGAAAUUUGAAAACCUUUUUAAACAAACAUCAGUGUAUAUAUCAUAAUAUCUUGAAUUACCACUUUCGUCAGAUUUCAGCAGUAUUUAGAGCUCUGUUAUAUUGUUAGAUAAUUGCAUAUGAUAAUUUGUUGACUGAUACGUUACAGUAAAUAGUUAUCGUUGAAAACGAUCCAUCUUUUAUAGAAAUUAUUGAAAUUUAUGUUAAGUCCUAAUUUAUGUUAAGUCCUAAUUUAUUUAAAGUCCUUUAAAUGUUAUCUUUAUAUUAUCCGUAUAAUUUAUGUAACACGCUAUUUAAGAUUUCUGCAUAAAACCGUACAUAGUUCUUCUGCAUUAAAAAUGUAAACUCUUCUUUGAAUUUUGUACCAUACUGUAUUUAUGUGUUUAUACCUCCUAUAAUGAGUCCUAAUAUUUUAUACUCCUAAUAUAUAAUAGUACAUUAUGAGUUUAUUUAAGUUAUAGUAAUAUGACUAAAUUUUAAAUGAUAAACUAUAUUUUCUUAAUCCGUUUUGGGAUUAUGGAAAGCAUUAAUCAUUGAUUAAAACUUCUCACUGAUCCGUGCCUAUGACACGUGAUCUAAGUAAAUGUUGCACUUUAAUUUUGAUUACAGAAGGUACAGGUUGCAGUAGUUUAAAAUUAGUCUUAUGAAAUCAGAUGUCAUUUUCUAAUUAGGAAUUUAAAUAUAAAUCUUAUAUUGUGUUCUAGCUAAUUGUAAAUGAUUUGUGCUUCGAAAUUUGUGUUGCUGAUUUUUUAAUAUGAUUUUUUGUAUGUUAUUAUAAAUUUAACAGUAAAACCCUAGCCGUGCCCCAAUAUACCAGGAACCUCGAUUUACCGAUAGUUUUCACUUCCCCAAAUUAACUUCAUGUAAAAGUGCAAAAAGCCCCCCUCUAACCAGAAAUAUAUUUUAACUUGCUUUCCCCAAGACUCGGUAAGUCGAGGUAUUACUGUUUUGUUGUAUCUGAUAAUUAAUUUACAUAAUCGCGUUUAUCAUUGCUU